AUUCCGUUCAGGAUCGUCUUCCCUUGGUGCAGACAAAGUUACAUUCUACAUAUGGAGCUUUCGAUGCUCUGUCGACGAAGACGUCUUCCACUCGAUAACUUGACCUACUGUGGUUCCGAGACGAGAUUCGUCGAAGUCAACUGGCUCUUUCUGGAUGUACAGUACAGGAUUUGCUUUCAGUUACUCCAAGAAAGAUACUUCUGCACUGAAAAUCUUUGAGCCUUUCAACGAAAUUUAGUCAUAAGGGACUCUAUUUGAUCUUACCGCCUCCGAAUGAGCUUUAUCACAACACCAUGUCUUCACUCAAGUGUGGGCCUGCCGAGCUCGCCAUGUUGAAACCUCAAAAUACCAUGAUAGAGCAUGUAGAGGAGUUCCUACAAGAUGAUGACGAGGCACAACUUCACGUGACGCACUCGCAGCCCAAUAAGAAUUCCCAAUCCGAGUCGAACUCAUCGUCGGCUGUUGCGAUUACUGCUCAAAGUUCUACGAAGCGGUCCAGAAUUCAUCUUCUGGACUUGCCGAUUGAGAUCCUGGAGCUUCUUUGCACCGAUUACCUUGAUACGGUCACGUGUACCUGUUUUGGUCUGGCAUGCAAAGCUUUCUUUGAGAUCACGGAGCAUCUGUAUCCUUGGCAGGUGAACCUACACAUGAGAUCCAGAGAUAAGAAAUGCUUAGGCCAUCUUUUGACAGACUGGAUGGCACCAAAGUACAGUUUUGAUCAUGCAUGGGGCAAAUUCUUGCUGAAGAAACAUUACCUUAGUGACGAGAAGGAAAUUGAAAGGCAAUGGAAGAAAAAAGAGUCAUGGAGACGGAUCAGGAUAGUGGUUGAUAAAUUUGGAGCUGCUGUUGCUUAUGAGAGCACAAGGAAGGGAUUUUGAAAUAUAGCAGAUCAGGCAUUUGUGGUUCAUGAAUGUCAAGUCCGGUGAUGCCAAUGUCGAUCAUUGUCCCACAAAUCUCUUUGGAAAGUAGUUUUCCCAUACUGAGGAGACAUAAUCAGUAUGAAUUCUUCCCCCUGAACACUAAACUCUCUUCAAAAUGAC